GAUCUACUGCUCACAGAGCGCACAGCACUCGACAUCUUCGCUGGACUCGUACCUCUUCACGGGAUGAACGCGCCUUUGUUUCUAGCUUCAAACUCGUGUCUCUCCCGCACCAACUUCAUGUUGCACCCCGCAACUUGAGCAGCGCAGAUCAGGAGCAGAGAGCCUCCUGCGAGGGACGCUUCGACUGGAUGUGACCAACUUCACUCACUCAACAGAGUUUAGCGACGAUUUGUUUCUUGACGCUAUGACCACUUUUACCAGGACCUUAUUUUGGAUAUUCAUUUUACCUCAGAGCCUGAGGUGCCAUGCUGAUCUGGGUCUGUCAGUGGAGCCUGAGGGUUUGGCCGAGGCCCAGAGUGGAGCAGCACCUACAGCUGAAGGUUAUUAUCUUGAAUUCUUGGAGCCAGUCAACAACAUCACCCACUUCCAGGGUCAGACAGCGACACUGCAAUGUAAAGUGGCAGGGAACCCACGCCCCACUAUCCGCUGGUUGAAGAAUGACGCUCCGGUGGUCCAAGAGCAGGGCCGCAUCAGCAUCCGAAAAACAGAGUCUGGAUCCAAGCUUCGAAUUCAAGACCUAGACACCACAGACACAGGCUACUACCAGUGUGUGGCAUCUAACACACAAAAGACCAUCACCGCAACUGGGGUCCUCUUUGUUAAGCUUGGCCUCAUGCCCACUCAUGGACCAGAUGAAUCGUAUACUGAAAAAGGUUUCUGCCAGCCAUAUCGAGGCAUAGCUUGUGCGCGAUUCAUUGGGAACCAGAGCAUCUACGUGGAGUCCCUGCAGACCCAGGGGGAGAGUGAAAAUCGUAUCACAGCUGCCUUCACAAUGAUUGGCACCUCCACUCACCUAUCAGAUCAGUGCUCCAAUUUUGCCAUCCCUUCUUUUUGCUACUAUGUCUUCCCUCUAUGUGAUGAAGGCUCCCGUGGGCCUCGUAAACGCCAGCUCUGUAGAGAUGAAUGUGAGGCUUUGGAAAAUGACUGUCAUGCAGAGUAUACUAUAGCCAGGUCAAACCCCAUGAUAUUAAUGCAGCUUCAGCUACCCAACUGCCACCUGCUGCCACGGCCCGGUACGCCUGAAGCCUCCUCUUGCAUGAGAAUUGGAGUCCCAUCUGAAAAACUGGGAUCAUACACUCCUUCAGACCACAGCUGUUACAAUGGAAGCGGAGCUGAAUACAGAGGCACAGUGAGUGUGACAAGGUCUGGGCACCAUUGCCAGUCCUGGACUGCGCAGUACCCACACAGUCAUCACCUCUCUCAGGACUACCCUGAGCUCUGGGGAGGACACAAUUUCUGUCGAAAUCCUGGAGGGCAAAUGGAGGCCCCCUGGUGCUUUACACUAGACCCACAGAUCCGGGUGGGCCUGUGUGACAUUCAUGCUUGCCAACCUCCAGAGAACCCUAGAAAGGAGAUUCUCCUUAUCCUUAUCCCUGCUGUUGCCAUCCCACUGGUUGUCGCUUGCCUGUUCUUUCUGGUUUGCAUGUGUCGCAAUAAGCAAAAGGCAUCCAGUGACACACCAUCUCGUUGCCAACUCAACAGUUCGCCCACCCAAGAUGUAGAACUCUCUCUACUUGUUCAGCAAAAACACCAGGCCAAACUGAGAGAGAUCAACAUGUCAGCCCUUCGGUUCAUGGAGGAGCUUGGCGAGGACCGCUUUGGAAAAGUUUACAAAGGUCAGCUGUAUGGCACUGCACCUGGAGAGCAGACUCAAGUGGUGGCCAUUAAAACUUUGAAGGAUAAAGCUGACUCCUCAAUAUGUGAGGAGUUUCGACAUGAAGCCAUGCGACGCUCUCACCUGCAGCACCAGAACAUUGUUUGUCUGUUAGGAGUAGUGACCAAAGACCAGCCAAUGAGCAUGGUCUUCUCCUUCUCUAGCAUGGGAGACCUCCACAAAUACUUGGUUAUGCGUUCCCCUAACUCAGAUGUUGGCAGCUCAGAUGAUGGCAAGACCGUGAAAUCCACACUGGAGCAGACAGACUUUCUUCAUAUCAUUACUCAGAUAGCUGCUGGCAUGGAGUAUCUCUCAAAUCAACAGGUUGUGCACAAAGAUCUUGCAGCUCGAAACAUUCUUGUCUCUGACAAACUCAGCAUCAAAAUCUUGGAUCUGGGUCUCUAUGGAGAUGUAUACUCAGCUGAUUACUACAAUCUGAUGGGAAAUCAUUUCCCUAUCCGUUGGAUGUCUCCAGAGGCUAUAAUGUAUGGCAAGUUCACCACAGACUCAGACAUCUGGUCAUAUGGCGUUCUUUUGUGGGAGAUCUACAGCUAUGGUCUGCAGCCAUACUGUGGCUACUCCAACCAGGAUGUCAUUGAAAUGGUUCGUAACCACCAGCUGCUGCCCUGCCCAGAUGAUUGCCCAUCCUGGGUUUACACGCUAAUGCUGGAGUGCUGGAGUGAGUUUCCUGUAAGAAGGCCUCGUUUCAAAGAUAUUUACACCCGUCUGCGCUCCUGGGAAAACCUGACCAGCUACAACAGUUCUGCUCCUACCUCUGGCAACAGCAACACCACCCAGACCAGCUCCUUGAGCACCAGCCCUGUCAGCAACAUUAGCAUGGGCACAGCCAAUGCCUCAAGAUAUGCCAGUCCCAAAAAGACCUCCUCCCCCUUCCACCAGCCGCAGUUUGUGCCAAUGAAGGGUCAGAUGCAUCGGCCCAUGGUUCCCCCACAGCUCUAUAUCCCAGUUAAUGGAUACCACCCAAUGCCAGCCUACCCUUACAUGCAGAACUUUUAUCCCAUGCAAAUUCCCAUGGCCAUGCCCCACCAGCAGAUGCACCACCCGCCUCAGAUGGUGGCUAAAGCUGGUUCUCACCACAGUGGCAGUGGAUCUACUUCUACAGGUUAUGUCACCACUGCUCCCUCCAACACUUCAGCCACAGAACGCGCUGCUCUGUUAAACGAGGACAAGGCAAACCAUGAGGACUUAGUGGAUGGAGCUUCACAGGAGGAACCGGAGCAUCACGAGGACUUAUCAGUGCCAGAGACAGAGUUACUUGGGGACAGUGAGCCACAGACUGAAGAGCUAGUCAUCCACUUGUCUGACUCAUAAGGAAACAGUAGGCUAAUAUGAAGAAAAUAUAACAUGAAGUGAAUAGAACUGAUUUGCAAAUUAUUAAUGUUCUUUAGCAUUUCUUGAUGGGACUGUAAAGUAAUGAAUAUUUGUAACUCCAGCUUUCAUGUCAUGCUUUUAUCAAAUGGAAUACUUUGUUGCUCUGAUCAUGUAUAAAUAUCAAUUCAUGUUGCUGUGCAACUAACAAAAUUAUGUACUUCCAAAUCCUAAUCACUUAUAUGACUUCUCAGAUGUGACUUUGUGCUCACUGGUGGCUGAACUUCAAAUAUUUGGAUGAGACUAUUUAAUAUUAUUUUCUGAAGUGGAGGAAAAGAAAAAAAAAAGAAUGUAGACCACAGGAUUUCUCACACAAAGCUGAGACAUGCAUCUACAAUGAACUGUACAGAAUUGCAUAAACGAAUGUACUUUUGU